UUUAUUUGUAACAUGACGGAUGUACAAAUAUUGACACGGCUCCGCACGACAUUUAAUAUUUUCUACCAAAUAUAUUGUGUUCAUGUUUGCGCAAAACGUUAAAAUGGAUGUGGAGGAUGAAAGAGUGGGUGGUGUGCAACCGGUUGGGAAUAUCAAUUAAAACGAGAAGCGGUGAUUGAAGUUUAAGUCAUGUAGUGUUAUAAGCGUACUUAAUUUUUUUGCCAAGAUUUCAAUGAAUCAACAUACUUAACCAAAUGACUUGCUUCCGCUUCUGACAGAUACUUUCAACAAUACGAGAUCGCUACAUGUGGUUCGCUUGAAUUUGAGCAAGAUACAGUGACACAGGGAGGGGUUGCUACUCUCAUUUACAAACCGCUUAAUAUAUAUGCAUCCCGGAAGUGGUAUAAAGAGCAGAGCUCAUUGACUCUCCUCUAUGACAGUGGCAAAUCUAUCACUAAUAUCAAAUAUGUUGAAGCAGCACAAGGAGGAGUUUUCGCUUUAUCAAUCAUGGGAGUAGGUCUAGCAGAUACUGGGUUAUAUAUUGUUUCCUGUGGACAACUUUACACCGAGAGAUCAAGGCUUACUGUCACCCCAGCACCUACAGUAGCUUCAUGUGGUUCGCUUGAAUUUGAGCAAGACACAGUGACGGAGGGAGGGGUUGCAAAGCUCAUUUACAAACCUCAUGAUAUAGGUGCACCACGACAGUGGUAUAAAGAGGAGAGAUCAUUGACUCUCCUCUAUGACAGUGGCAAAUCUAACACUUAUAUCAAAUAUGUUGAAGCAACACAAGAAGGAGCUUUCGCUUUAUCAAUCAAAGGAGUAAUUCAAGCAGAUGCUGGGUUUUAUAUUGUUUCUUGUGGACAACUUUACACCGAGAGAACAAGGCUAACUGUCACGCCACCACCUACAGGAGAAAGCCAGACAAACUGUGGCAGUCUUACAGUGAAGACAAAUAAUUUGACAGAGGGACAAGCGGCUACUUUACAGUUUAGUAUACAUCUAGGCAGACCGGUAAAAUGGGAAAAGAAAAUCAACUCGACAUUUCAGCAGUUGUACAAAGGCAAACACUAUGACAUUACAAAGAAUGGGGAGAAAACAAUACACAACCUUUGGAUUUAUUCAAGUGACUUCAGUGACAGUGGCGAAUAUAGAGUGAAUUGUGAUAGCGCAGUGUCAAAUUCGGUACAUCUAUAUAUAGUUCCGAAAGCCCCAACUGUUCCAGAAUUUUCAGGGAAUGGGAGCAUACCCGAGUGUAAAGAGUGUAUACUAGCAGAACUGAAUGUAUCGGUAAACGUGGAAUGUUUUGUGAAGGGAGGAACAGAGCCAGUGGUGCUAAACAUGUUUAAGGAUGGGAAAAUCAUCUCAAAUGUGAAUAAAUCAAUUACUAGCAAAGAUGGCGUUAAUAUCUACCAUGCAAGGCACAAAUAUUUACCUAAUACAAUGGACUGCGGUGUCGUUUUUACCUGCAAUGUAAAGAAUCCAGCGCUUAGGGCCGAAUCAAACAAGUCUGCACCAUUAUAUAUAAGAGCCGACCCAGAAACUGUCAAAGUAAAGGUUAAACAAGCCACUGAAAAUGAACAAAGUGAAAUACAGUGUAUAGCAAAGAAAGGAAGACCGCCCAGAAAGUCGUUGAUAUUCAUCGAGAAUGUUGAAGAAGACAAAACUGAGAAGAUAAGUGAAAUUAAGACAGACCAUACAUACAGCGUAACAACAACGGUGGUCAAAAACUUCACUCGGUUUGAUAACCAAAAAAAAGUAGUGUGUUGCAGCAAUAUAUUGAGCAGUAUUUGCAGCAACACGUCAAAUGUAAAUGUCUUAUUCCCACCGAAAAAAGUUCGUGUCAUAGAAAUAAUGAAGAGGAACGAAGACAAUGGUGAUACAGAGCUAAAAUUGAGAUGUUCUGUAGACGUGUCAAAUCCACGUAGUUCUAUUGAAUGGAAAGGAGUAAAAAAUGUUCCAAGAAAUUUGACAGUGAAAAAAUAUACCAACCACAGUGAUACUAAUGGGUGGACAUAUUCCGCGGAUUGGGUUUUCAAUCUCACCAAAGAUGAUAACGGUCGUAGUAUCAGAUGUGAAGUUAAAAAUCCACAAUUCCCAAAUUUAGAGUUAGUGCAGCUAUUCAGGCCAAAUAUUACAUAUGCUCCAAUUAUCACAGUAUCAGGACAAGAAAAUGGAGUUGCCUACCUAGGUGAUGACGUCUUUAUUUCUUGCCACGUGGAUAGUAAUCCUCCAUCAAUGCUCUCGUGGUACAACCAAACUGACUUAAUCAAAGAAUUGUAUGGAGCAAAGGACUUUGAUCUUCACCUCGUGAAUGUGUCGUUUGAUCAUUCUCAGAUAUACACCUGCACAGCUCACAAUAGCAUUGGUAGCACCAAAUCCAAAUACGUCACCCUGAUCGUAAAAGAUGCAUCUGAAAAACCAGUAACUAAACCAAUGGCAAGCAAAGAGUCAUCUAGCUCCUCCGUGGCCGGACCAGUCAUUGGUUGUGCUAUUGCGCUAGUUGUUGCAGUGGUAGCGGUUACUGCGUUUCUCUACUGGCGAAAGAAACGACAGAACACUUCACUGGAAAGAAAGGGAACAUAUCAAAUUGAAAUAGAAGACAGAAAACCAAGUGUUCAUCUAGUAGACAAUGAACCUGUCUAUAAUAACGUGGCAGCGUCUAGCAAUGAAGAUGCAGUGGAGGAACAACCAGAGUAUGCGUUUGUAGUACCAAAGAAUGAGAGGGAAAACGCAAAUGCAUGUCCAGAACCCGUCAAUGAUGCUGAAAACGAAAGUCCUCAGAAUGAGAAGGGAGACAACCUUGUUUAUGCUGAACUUGAUCUCAAUCAAGAUUCAAACAAUGCAGUCAAACGUCCUCUGGUGAUAAGAGAUGAGCCAACAGAAUACGUGUCUAUUGACUUCCAUAAAACAGGAGCUGUGACAAUGAAUGAAGACGGUGGAGAAAUUUAGGGUCUGAAAUUAUUUGGCUGGACAAAGUUAUGACAUGCGAACAUCAUACAUGUAUUUAUCGUCUGCUUGAUAACUUAUUUGUUUGAUAGCUUUAUUACAAACCUUUUCAUGCUCUUUGUUUUUAUAGAUCAAGCUAACUACACCGUAUAGCGUUAACGGACGCUCAAAGCAAGAGAGACUGACAAAACGUACUUCCAACGUUUGACGAAUGUAUUGUCAGUUAUCGUCUGUAACAUCUGUUGCAUUUCCGGUAGUAGUUCGGCCGUGAAUCAGGUCUACCGAACAAGAACGGAUGCGAACUAGACAAGUACAGAAUAAGGAAGGCACGAGUAACAAACAAAACGUAUGCCAGCGAAUUGCUACCGUACAUCUAGCAAACAACUUUUCAACUUUUUCCGGAAGUGCACGUUCCAAAUUUUGAAUAUGUUAAAAACCUUCCACCGGAUGGAACGAACAUCGCUGGGCAAGGAUCACAGGCGCCGCAUGUAAAAAAACGGAAAAGAAACGCAUGCGAAAGGACACGAACAGAUUGAAAAUUUUAUUAUACGUUGGACGUCCGGUAACGCAUAUACAGUUUAGUUUGACUGACCCAUUAAAGACACACGUAUAAGUAUAAAAAGGUAGAGAUAGAGCUAGGGUGAUCAGAAUGUAACUAUAUUAUUCAGUGUGAAAAUACAAUUACCGUAUAGAGGGUUAAUUCUGCGGGUUUUUAUUUCUGCUAAAUCUGCGGGUCGAGGCUGUCACGCAGAAAUAAAUUCCGCUUAUUUAAAGUAUCAGCAGAAUUUUUUGACGCAGAAAUAAACUUUGAUAUUUCGCUCAAUAUAAUGACCAGUUAUAUUUAUCUCUGCUAUCAAGUUAUUCACACCGUAUCGAUUGUGGCUGAUUGCUUUUGUUAUUGUAUCAAUCUAUUGUUACGAAUGAAUGUUUACCGUUUCGGACAUGUAAUUUGUAUAACUGUAUAUCAGAAAGCACUCUGUUGUAACUGAAUGAACUGUGAACGGACUAUAUACUAGAUUUUACAUUUGUAUAUAUUUGUAAAUAAUUCGUAAUUUUUUCUGCCAGCAGUAUUGCAUUUUAUGAAAAUGUCUUUCAAAAUGAAUUACCAGUACUAGACCUACCGUUUUUAUCUUUAAAUCUGAUUUUUGAUCAUGCACGGUAAUGAAAAGAAAUCAGAUUUAAACAUAAAUCAGCUGCGCCAACUUCACUGUCCUAGAUUCCGACCAAGAUAAUGCCACAUAGACUCUUCCACGCGUUCAUACUACAUAUUAACAUAGACUCUUCCACGCGUUCAUACUACAUAUUCGCUAAGACAGAUCAAAAAUUAAUUCCUGCUUUUCUCGAAGGUUGCAGAAAUAAAAAACGCAAAAAUAAACAUUUGCCUGCAGAAUUAACCAGCUAUACGGUAUUGUUAAUUUACGCGAUUUGUGCAAGAAGUCCAUAGUAUUUUGCUUUUUAAUGAUAUUUUAUGUAAUAUCUUUCUUGAACAUUUGCAUAGAUUAGAUGAGUGAUGUACUUUUGUUUCUGCUUUUCCUUAAUAUAAUUGUUUGAAAUAUGUUGUUUUUUUUUUUUUUGUUUUUUUUUGUUUUGUUUUUGUUUUUGUUUCAAUAUUCUUGUUUAUUAUAACAAUUUUUAAAGAUAGUAACAAUUUAGGCUUUGAUUAUUAUGCACAGCGAAUAUGUUACAUAACUUCACUUUGCAAGGCCGUUAUAUAUUUGCAAAACACAAAAUAUCGUUAAACUCCCUGAGGUCGACUUUAUAAUUCAGCAAACCAUAAGUGUCGUAGUUUUGUCAUGCGCAUUAAUAGUUUAAGUAAACCUCUGGGUCUGGACAUACUUUAACCUAGUACAUAGUGGAAACCAGUAGAAAGGUUCUCAAGCUAUGUUUGUGGUGCUCUGUGCUUCCGAGAAAUCUACCCUUGCCUAUUUUCUUUGGUACUGCGAAAGCAGUUGGCGAGAUGCUAAAAUGCGAUUUUUUUAUCAUAAGAGAAUAUUUCCCUUAAUUUUGAAAAACUUACUUGCCGUUCAUGCCCAAGGCAGUGAGCAAAUGAAAACACUAUUAAAAAAGGCGUUAUAUUUGUUUUCGUUUGAACAAUAGAGCAGAACCAAAGUUUUCAAUUCAGUGCAAAAUUUCCUGAAAAAUAAUUCGAUUCUCUAAAAUUAUAUCAAUAUUAUCAACACAACGGUCAAUGUGUUAGUAUACUGAUUUGUAUAAAACUAUCAUAGAAAGAAGACUUUUCACACACACACUGAGGCAAAGUUAUCAUCUGAAAAGUUGUAAAAUAAAUUAAUUUCUGGUACUGAAGUAUACACAUAUCAGUACGUAGAUCUGGUUUAUUCAUGGUCAUAAACUUAAUGUCCUCUAUCAUUGUGUGAAGUAUUAAUUUAAUAAAGGAAGAUAAUUGAACAAAAAGGCACGGUAGAAUUAUGGUUCUUAUAUUCUGCACUUUCCCUUAUUCAAGUUAUUGUCCUUUAUCUAUGUAUGCAGUUAAAAUAAAUUCCCUCGAGUACUUUUAGAGUAAAGGGAGAUAAUUGGAAGGAUAGUUAUGGUUCUUGUACACUGCACUUCCCCUUAAUGUCUUGAAAAGUUUACUUUCAUAAAAAGUUAGCAGGUAUUAUGAAACUUUAUCUUGUUAUUCUGUAGCAGUUUAAAGCACUAACUAACAAAUUUUCAUGUUAAGGUAUUUAUUUUGCAUUAAUGAAAAAUUUGUCUGUGUUCGCGAUAUAUUUUAGUUUUCAUGAAAACCUUCCUUAUUUUUUGCAGAAGUUUUCAUGACCAUUUGCAUAUAUAAAAGCUAUCGUGUAUAUGAUUACUGGUGAUUUGAAAGGGAUGAGACUCUAAUAAACAAAUAUAUAUAAUGAUAAAAUGUAUUUUAAGUCAACAGUAACAAAUAUGAUAGCAUUAAAAUAGUGUUUACAUUGCAUACCCAAUUAUUUUUACGUACUGUAUAUCUUAUUUAAGAAGAAUAUAGUUUAAAAGAAACAAAAUUAUGGAAUUUGAAAUAUAACAGCUAAACAGCUUAUAUUUAAGUAAUAUUCUUUUUAAAAAGUUUUUACUACGGAUGUAUUUGUUGUAGAAAUAUAUAGUAAAUGAAUUUCAUUAUAAUUAUAUUUGUUUGUCCAAGUUUUGAAACCGGGAGGGAAAAUAAAUAGACAGUUAUUGCAUGUAUAGACUAAGUGUGUUUCAAUGUAUUAAUUUGUUAACAUCUGAUAAUACAAAGAAAAUUAAAAAAAUAAGUACUUUCUGUGACAAGAUUAUCCAACACUUCAAUAUGUCUUAAUUAUUUGUUUCCAAUUUAACCUAGAUAACCUUCAGUCCGUUUUCGUUUUGAUUAAGCCAAUGUCAAGCUGUUCACGUUUUAUUAAGCACUGUAAAAUCUUGCACAAAUUUCACGUUUAAAAAUAUAUCUGUUUGAAUUCAUCUGCACUGUAUCUUGUAAAUGUAAUGUAGACGUUUUCCACUAUGCAUUUUGUAUACUUCUUAUGUGUUAUCAUACAGCUGAUGUUUCACGCUCUUGCGGGAUUUACGUAUAUUUCUGUAAAUAAAAUCUUUAAAAAAUGGGGUUGUAUUGUCUUAACGCUCGUUAUUAAGGGGAAAUUGACACUUUUAUUACAGGUCGAUUAAAGGAUUACCAGCGGUGCAUUAAACAUUUGUAUUAUUUCAUAUCAGCUUUUCUCUACUUUGCAAAAAUUAAAUUCUAGAAAUUGGUUUUAUGUAAAAUAGUUUAAAAAAUGAUUUAUACUAUCGUUUAUGAAAACAUCAUGAAAAUUAUCAUGGUGUUAAAUCAGUACACUUUAUAAAAGUUCUAUUCACAUUUUUCGUGACAGAUCUUUUCCUUUGUUUUUCUCUUUUUUUUCUCUUUAUAUCGUGUUUAAUAUAACCAUAUAUCUUUAAAAAGAUCCUUUGGAAGCUUAGAAUAAAAUCAAGCAACAUUUUAAAGUAUGUGUUAUUAACACAAAAUUGUUUGCAAAGUGAAAUUACAUUUAAAGUUAGACUCGUUAUGACGAAUAAAAUAUUCACAUACAAAUCAAUUCAAAUUAUUCAGUCACUUCCUUUAACGUUUUGACCACGAUACCUCAUGCUUACGUGGCAUUACAUAUCAUUUUCACGCUACAACAACAACAUUGCACUGACUUUAACUAUUAUUUUUUUAAUUAGUAGAAAAAAUACGUAUGUGGGUUCAUUAAAUUUCUAUUUGCAAAAAUGAAAUAUAUUUCAUUCAAAAUAUAUAUUCAGAGUAAUUAUAUUGAGAGUAAGAAAUCGCUUGCACCAAACAUUGCUUUAAGCUAUAUGAAACUUUUCCAUAUUUACUACAGAAAAUAAAAUGAGGAAAUGGGGAAUCAUAAAUCUUGGCACGAUUAAUUCAAAAUUAAAGAUAAAAUAUAUUUAAAAAAUGAUUUGAUAAAUCAAAUUUUGAAAAAGGACCAACUUCUUUUAGUAUUUUAGUUAUUUAUUAAAAUGUAUACAUGCCCUUUUUAUUUCUAUAUAGAAAAUCUGACCGUUAUCGAUUAUUGGCCGGAGGAAAUACUUCGAAAUUUAUCUGAAAAUAAUAGAAAUGAAACAUAGUCAGAUGCCACUGCCAACAUAUACUACUUGGCCAAAUUCUUGAUUUCGAAAAAGAAAUAAAUUUUACUGAAAUCUGUUCCUGCUUCGUUUUUUUUUCAGUCAUUUUCAUACGUUUGUUUGCUUACUAUGGUAUGCCAAACGAAGCAAUAUUCUUUGAAUCGACGACAAGUAAAUACAGUAUGAAACUGUGAUUUCAAUAACAUAAUCUGCCCUCAAACUUCGCAUCUUUUUAGGUGUAACUUACCAGAACACGACAGAACAUAAUUAUGUAACUUAUUAUCCUAUCGCUUUGGUGAAAUUACGUUUUGGCUGUAAAGUAAAAACAAACGUUAUUUUCUCUUUCUUUUCUGCGUGUGUAUAAAUGUACUGAUUUCUUUCUUUUGCGCUGAAUAGCCGCUGUUCAACAUGCAGAAAGUUAAAACGUAACAAAGAAAACACAAGAAAAUAUUAUUAUUUUUAGCGGGAGGACGAAAUAAGGGCG